AUGGCCCUGAAGCCAGGAGGGCCUGGGUUCACAUCCCAAGCCUCAGCACAGACUUACCACGUGACCAUGGGCAGCUCAGUGAACCCCUGGGAACUUCAGGAGAAAACCAGGAAACACGAGUUCUCUGUGGACAUGACCUGUGAAGGCUGCUCCAAUGCGGUCAGUCGGGUGCUCAACAAGCUGGGAGGAGUUGAGUUUGACAUUGACCUACCCAACAAGAAGGUUUGCAUCAACUCUGAGCACAGCGUGGACCUUCUGCUGGAGACGCUGGGAAAAACAGGAAAAGCUGUUUCCUACCUCGGCCCCAAGUAAUGAGGGCCUGGACCCCUGGGCCCAAGAUGGACCAACGGGGGCAGGUCGCUGAUCCUCUCCUGCCUUCCAGACAGACCUGGGGCCUGGCAGUCCUACUUGGCAAUGGGGGUUCCCACAGAGACCCUCACUUGCUCUGCUCCUCCCUACCUUCCCUGCAAUAAAAUCGAGCCACUUUGGUUGGAA